GGCAGUUCUUCGUAUAGUUCUCCUAAUUCCCCGAACCCCCCUCCUCCUCCUCCUUUUUCCUCCUCCUCUUCCUCCUCCUCCUCCUCCUUUAUCCUCGUCCUCUCCCCUCUUUUAUCCGGGUGUUCUUGGUCCCCACAUUCCCACAGCAACUCAGAGCCGUGGAGCGUCACAUGCCACCAUGAGUGUCCUGCCGUGCAGCUUCGUCUUCGUCCUCCUCCUCUGCCUCCCCGUCCUUGCCGAGGCCAAGCGGCAGUCCGGCGAAGGGAAACCCGACAAACCCCGCCAGCCUCCGCCGUCGACGGCUCCGGCCAAGAGGCCCAGGAACCGCUCAGUGCCCGGCUCUGGAGAGCUGAGCACCAAGGAGGGCCAUCGCUGCACCUGGGAGACAUCUGGCGAAGGCCUGGUGAGCCUGCUGGUCAACUGCAGCACCGAAACCCUGGGAGAGCCGCAGAGGUAUUGGUGUCGUUACGCCGGUAAACCCGACCAGUGCCCGGCCUACGGGGUAAAGUCCAGCCAGUACUGGAAGCAGCUGGUGGGGAAGCUGAAGAAGAGGCAGAACGCCUGCGAAGGAGAGAAAGUCCUGAAGGCUAAAACCUGCAAGAAGGCUCCGGCCGAAGCCCACAUGAAGCUCGUCCAAUGGAGCAAAGAGGAGGAGAGGAAGGGGGCGAGGGAAGGAAGUAAGAAGAGAGGACCAGAGGCAAGUAAGGGCUCAGACGCAGGGAAGGCCGAGAGGAGGAAGAAGAAGGAGGAAGAGGACGAGGAGGAGAAGAAGAAGAAGAAGAGGGAGGAGAGGACUGGGUUUGAGGACGAAGAAGGAAUGGUGAACGACAUGGCGCCGGCACAGAGCUACUGCAGCGAGGGAUGGCACUCCGUCUGCUCCUUCUUCGUCAAGUUCUUUGAGGGUUGAUUUGGAAAUGAAGAAGGAAAUGCAGAGCUCGUUUUUUGAUACAUGAUGGUGCGAGUUCACAAUCUGAAAAGUUUUUUUUUAAUUUUUUUUUAUUGUAACACCAGGCAGCUCAUUAGUAAAAAUCAGUCUUGUACAAAGUACUUGAAAGCAAAACUUGUGUUGAAGUAUCUUACUAGAAAAUGAGUUAAAGUCACCUUUUAAAAUAUCACUUGAGUAAAAGUCUUAAAAAGAUUAAAAAUCUGAUAUUUACUGUAGUUGAGUAUGAAAAGUAAGUUUCUGAUAUUAAAUGUACAGUACUUAAUUUUAGAAAAUAAAUUAUGAGCUUUACUGUGGCUCACCUUAUUAUUAAAGCGUUAUAUUCAGGGUGUCCACACCUUCUUAAACAUCAAAUUCAAAGUCUGAAAUCAACAAAGAGAAAAACAGAAAUUAGAUUUUUGCGAUGUGUGUAACGUUGUGUAUCGGUAACAAUGUAUCGGAGUAAAAGUAUACAUUUUACAUAUGAAAUGUAUUGGAGUAAAAGAGAAAUUUUCCAGAAUAACAAAGUAAAGUUCAGAUAGAUAACAUUUCUACUUAAGUACAGUAACAAAGUAUUUGUACUUUCUAACAUCACAACACUGGUAAAGAUAGUUUGGUUUUAAACAAGUUUGGAUACUUGACUUAGACUAAACAAAACUCUUUGUUAACAAAUGGAACCACCUUGCAUCAAAUGUGCGGGAGCAUGCCUAUGUCCCCACAGCCCCCUAUGUCCCCAAAGCCCCCCUAUGUCCCCACAGCCCUAUGUCCCCACAGCCCCCUAUGUCCCACUGCCCCCUAGGUCCCCACAGCCCCCAUGUUCCCACAGCCCCGUAUGUCCCCACAGCCCCGUAUGUCCCCACAGCCCCCCAUGUCGCCACAGCCCCGUAUGUUCCCACAGCCCCCUAUGUUCCCACAUUUCUAAGAGUUUUUUCAAAAUUAUGCUCUAUGUUCCCACAGCUCCCACAUUUCUAAGAUUUUUUUUUCUCCAAAAUUAGACCCUAUGCUCCCACAUUUCCAAGAUUUUCAUGAAUUUGUAUCAAAUUGUGUCCCCCUUUCUCACAAAUUAACCCUAAUUUUAUGAACAUUUUAGAAAUGUGGGAACAGGGCUUUGGGACCUUAGGGCUGUGGGACCAUAGGGUUGUGGGAUCAUUGGGCUGUGGGACCAUUGGGCUGUGGGACCAUAGGGCUGUGGGACCAUGGGGCUGUGGGACCAUUGGGCUGUGGGACCAUAGGGCUGUGGGACCAUAGGGCUGUGGGACCAUUGGGCUGUGGGACCAGUGGGUUGUGGGACCAUUGGGCUGUGGGACCAUAGGGCUCUCAGACCAUUGGGCUCUCGGACCAUUCGGCUGUGGGACCAUAUGGCUGUGGGACCAUUGGGCUGUGGGACCAUAUGGCUGUGGGACCAUUGGGUUGUGGGACCAUUGGGCUGUGGGCUGACUCUGAAUGUGCGACGUUAUAGUAAAGAGACAAUUGAUACUUGGCAAUCUGAAUUAUAUCAACCAUUAAAUCAAAAUAUCAAUGUUGAAUAAAAAGCCACUUCCUGUCCCACUUCCCAUCUGCUGAUGUAAAUGCUCAGCGGAGGAAACAGAUGGAACAAACCAGUCUGUUACUGUUUGUCUUCAGUUUGUGUUAAUUAUCCACGUUUAGCUUUGGGAUGUGUUCUGUCGUGUAAAGUUGGUUGUAGUUUUCCUCUCCAGAAAUCAUGUGAAUUGUUCAAUCAGAUGUAACUGAAAAGUUGAAACUGUGUAAUGUUUGACUAACAAUUAAAAUAGUGUCUUGGUAAAGAACCAACUCUCAUCAAUGAUGACAGUGAUAGUGAUUACUAGAUGAAUAGUUUAUUUUUGUGUGAGGUGUGGCCAAUAUUUUCUAAAAACAUUGUGUAACGGUUUAAUGUGAUUUGUGGCAGAUAGAAUCGUGCAGCAUUUUCAUUUUUAUAUUUUUUAAAGACUUUUUAACACUGUUUGUUGAACAAAAUGCUUCAAAUAAACUAAUGUUUUUUUUUCCA